CGUCACUAGUCCAGCAGCAUCAUCAGCAGCGGCAGCAGCAGCGGGAGGCGGAGCAGCGCGCGGGUUCAGUGAUGCGCAGCUGAAGAGCGGUGGUCUGCGGACGUGCGGAGCGAUACGGUUCUAAAAUCAGCGCUUUUCUCGGUGUUUCCAGGCGUCUCGGGCCGGGGGGGAUGCUGAGCCCCGGGUCCCGUUCUCUUCCACAGCGACUAUAAGGAGCUCUGCCGCCGCAGCAGCAUGCCUUCAUCCCGGGGAGACGCGCCGCGAGCCUCGCUGCUCAACCAGGCGCUCCUCCUCAUCACCACCAUCGCCAUCAGCUCCACCAUGGCAGCCAUAGGCCAGUGUCCCCGCAGUCUGGACUGUGCCCGAGAAGGCCGCCACUUCUGCCAGCCCGGUUCGUCCCACUGUGGCCCCUGCCUGGCUCCGCUCGUGGAGAACAAGAAAGGGAAAUGUGUGGUCAGGAGGCGGAACCACUACAAAGUGGAUGAGUUCCCUGAACUGGAUGAAGAGAUUGACUUUCUCUCCUCUAUCAUCACCAAACACAGAGAGUCUGAGAUGAAACACACAGCUCCCUCUCAGGUUGCUCCUGAAGUGAAGGAGGACCCGUCACAGACAGGGAGCCACCACAGACCUGUAGCCUCUCCCAGCCAUGCCCCGACAGGACGUCCUGUAACCAGCGCUCUGACCACGUCCUCUCCGACCACCAGCCCCAGCUCUCCCAGUCCCGGUCCCAGCACCGGCAGCCCCUUCGCCUCGGCAGUGCAGAGCGCCCCCAUCAUCAUCCCCUACCCCUCUGAGGAACACUCCGUCAUCAUUAUGACAGGAGUGUGUCUCAUGGUGGGAUCAGUGGCCUUGGUUCUGGCUGGAGUGUGUUGGGUCAGGAUGCAGCGAGGAAGUCGCCUGGCUCAGAAAGUGGACUAUCCAGCCUUCGGGGUGAUGAGCCCUCACUCUUACGACAGCACCUCCUCUGGAGAUAAAAAGCUGGCCCAGAGCGCUCAGAUGUACCACUAUCAGCAUCAGAAGCAGCAGAUGCUGUCCCUCAAGCAACGGGACGAGACCAAGAUCCCAGAAUCAGGAGCCACUUCUGAUGAGGAGAACGAGGACGGAGACUUCACUGUGUAUGAGUGCCCUGGUCUCGCACCGACUGGUGAGAUGGAAGUAAAGAACCCUCUAUUCGACGACUCCACCCUCAACCUCCAUCUUCACCUCGACCUACAAAGGAGCUACAACUAAACUGGACGUUCACUCGCGUUCAAUCACACUGCAGAUUCCACAGAGAUCAAACCCCACUCAGCCAUACCGGCACCGGCAUCGUCUCCCGUUACCCUUUGGACAAUGUUCACCCAAUAGAGGAAAGUGCUCUGGGAACGGGGAAAGAAGAGGAAAGGGAAGACUGCAUGUGGGGCACGGACUCUCGGCUUCUUGCGGGCUUCCGUCGGUCAGCCUUUAAGGGCAGCUGGUUCGGCCGAAGUGUUGUAGAAUUCAUCCGUGGUUCCUCCUAAUCGCUUUCUUCUCCUGCUGUUUCUCCUCGUCGUCCAUCUCCAUCCAGUGUUUGUUUAUUUAUUUAUUUACUGACUGUUACAUAGCGUCUCUGGAAAGUGGACUCGAGACACAGGGACGGGGUGAUUAACUUAUUGACCUGCCUUCAAACACAAAAACACAAAAAGAUAAAAUGAAAAAAAAAAGUUCUGCAUGAUGACUUGUUCAUUUUUCUUUUCUCAUGGACUAAACAUUUUGCAUUUUGUCAAAAUUUCUAAUUAUCAACUCUACCAGUCACUUUUUGGCUGCUUUUGGCACGGAAGUAACCGUUCCAUUGGCUUUUCCACUUCGACUCAAUUCGGCAGAGAAUUCUUACAAACAUUGCAUUUAAUUUCAGUUUACAACGUUUUUUUAUAACAGAUGUUGUCACAAAGUAUCUUUACAAAAAUACAGAUCCAAACCUCUUAUGAAUAAAGCACCACAGUGAUAGUGCUAACAGUGGCGAGAUUGCAAAAAAAAAUAAAAAAGAAAACCUUGGGAGGAACCCAUCCUCCUUUGGUUGACCCAGACCUGAUCGACAACAGAAUUUGCACACAUAGAUAAUGGGGAGCUAUAGCUAAUAAAGAAGAAAUCUGAAGCACUGCCACUAUGAUUAGAAGAUCACUGGUUUGAAUCCCAGUCAUGCAGCUUGUAAUCAGCUGCAGGAGCCCUGAGAGAGUACAAUUGGCCUUGCUCUCUCUGGGUGGGAAGAUGGUGCUCUUUCCCCUCAACAUUUGUGAGUGUGAGCUAAUGUAUCAGAGCCGAGUCGCUGCGCUUUCCUCCGAGCACGCUGACGACCUGGUUCAAAAAGAGUUCGAAAAGAUUAACCAAACUAAAAUAUGAGAAAAUGGGGGAAAAAUAGAAAUAAAUCUUUAAAAAAAAAAAGAAACAAGUUAUUCAUUGGGAGGGCUUAAUGGGAACUUCGGGAAAUGCUGAUUGGCUAGCCAGGCCUUGCUAACACAACAAUAGGCUGGUAGCUGGUAUCCUAACGCAGUGGUCGCCAGAGUACUAACACUGUGGUAGUGAUGUUGGACAAAAAAAUCCUGUAGUUAGCUUUUGUGAAAGCUUACAGUUCUCCAAUUGGCAUUUUGGCAUUAGUAUACCCUGUUUCACCACAUCAGGCUGGGAAAAUGAGCCCAGACACAUCCAGCAACAGCAAUUAUCUCAUAAUUAUUACAAGAAACCUGAUUUAGCAACACAGCAAAUGGAAAAAGAAACACUGUACACUGGUCAAUUGGGUUCACUCCAACAUGGAACGUUACAACUAAGCCCUAGUUACCAUUCAGCCCUCCAGUUGAAAAAAGGCCAUUGAGUCCAUGAUACACUGCCAACGUUUUGAAGCACUGCCCCCCCCUCCCCCUCCACCACCUUUAUUGAAUAGGUGAGUAGGUGUUGCUAGUAUUUCUCCAGUGUGUUUUUCCUGCAGGAAAUGGUCCGUUUUGGGUAGCCUUCAAAAGUCGCCAGUGUACCAUGGCCUUUACAGUAUAUGCACGCAUCAGUAUAGACAGACCAUCAACAGCUCUGAUCAUCAACAUGGACAACAGCUCCAAGGACAACACAUGGACGUGAACAUCUGCAUCGGAUCCUACCUACUGUAAUAUCUACUGUCGGGAUGUGGUCAGCUCCAGGAUUUGUUAUAUUUGUUACAUUUCCUUUAAAAGAAAAAGCUUAAACUUCUGAAAUCAAAGCUGUUUUCAAAGCUUGAAGGACGAGUGUCUCAGUACUGUGCAAAAGUCUUAGGCCAGGCCACCUGAAAAUAAUGAUCUAAUCUAUUUAAAGCAAAUUAUGUGGGCAACGUUCAUGGAUUUGAAUGAAAGAACACAAAGGAGGUCAAACUACAGCUAAACUAAAACUACUCAUUUUAACUCUACUGUAACAGUGUGAAAUUGUUUUGUUUUAUUUGGUAUCUGUUUGGUUCAUGUACAUACUGAGUCUAAAGGGUUAAAUUAACUUAACUAAAAAUAUUUAGCUAAAUAUAUAAUAAGUCCUUCUUCAUUUGGGUUAUGGCCCGAUCUUGUGGAGUCCCACAAGGUUACGUUUUAGGGCCUAUGAAACUGAUGUUAAAUAAAUGUUGACUUUUAAGGGUUAACAUACAUGUAACUAAAUAUACUAUACGAUCAGGGCCCUAACAACCUUAACAAGAGUCCUCAAAAACAUUCAGACUUUAUUAAAUAACUGGUUUGGUUUAGUAUAUAUCCUGUGGCAUCCCACAGGGCUCUAUUCUAGGGCCUAUAGAAUUGUGGGGUUAUAUCAUGUUCUAUCCAAAUGAAGUAAGGCCUGUUUCACUGUAAAGUUUUACAUUUUAUAAAUGUUUAUAUCGCCAUCAGCAUCAGCAGAUGGCAUAUAUAUAUAUAUAUAUAUAUAUAUAUAUAUAUAUAUAUAUAUAGGUACAUCUCUAGUAAAUACAAACCGAGAUGUUAUUAAUGAGGAAGAAUGGGAGUUCCCGUGACACUCCACAUGUUCAGCAGCCAGAACAAGAGUUAAAAUUAUGGUUUUUGUGCAUUAUUGAGUCAAAUGCCACAAACUAUUCAUGAGAUUUAUUCAGUGAUUUAUAAUCUGUUUUUGAAAAGGAAGUUUCCAUUAUUUUGGCUUUUGCCCAAUUCAAACAGAUAGAAGGCUGGUUGUGUAUGAGUGGAUAUACAGUUACUGCCAGGUGGCAUUUAAAGAUACAAUUCAAUAUAUAUAUAUAUAUUUUUUUACAAAUUUAUUUAAAAAAAUUCCCAUUUUUUCUUAACUGAUCUGGCCAAUUGUCGCACCCAUUUAGCAGCUAGUCAGCUGUAUAUCCCCCAUCACUAGUGAUGCCACAACACCAAGAGGGUGAAGACUAGCACAUGCCUCCUCCGACACAUGUGAAGUCAGACUCCGCCUCUUUUCAUACUGCUGCUGAUGCAGCAUUGUCGAGUAGUAUCACAGCAUACUUGGACGAAAGCGCAGCAACUCGGUUCUGAUACAUCAGCUCACAGACGCAGCCUUGUGCUGAUCCACAUCACCCUUUGGAGUGAUGAGGGGAAAGAACGCCAUCUACUGUACCCACCCAGAGAGAGAGCAAGGCCAAUUGUGCUCUCUCGGGGCUCCAGAAGCUGAUGGCAAGCUGCAUGACCAGGAUUUGAACCAGCGAUCUCCCGAUCAUAGUGGCAGUGUUUUAGACUGCUGGACCACUUGGAGCCCCAUACAAUUAAAUAUUGAUACAAAUUGCUUUAUAUCUGUUGUCCAAUAUCUGGUCUGGCUCAUCAUUAUACUAUACUGUAAAAUAAUAUACUGUAUUAUUUGUGUACUUGUUUUUUUUUUAGGUGUUUUUACAAGCUAAAAAUGUACAUCAUUUUAUUACUAAGAUAAAUAGUGUUAAACUAAACUAAGGCUAAGACUUUUGCACAGUACUGUUCUGUACAUUUCAUUGGCGCCACCUUUAGGCCCGUACGUUUAAAGCCUUGAAAGCUGAUCCGAGACCAGCUGCUCCUCUUUAAACUGAUUUGGGUUGAACAUAAUAGGAAAGGCAGCACUGAUCCCUGAUCAGAACUGUGACGUAUUGGACACACGCGAUCCCAGGGCUCAGGUUCAGUAUCAGGUUCACUACUCAGACAUCCUCUCUGCCUUUUAUUUGUAUGAUAUUGUGAAUACUGUGCAAUGGAGAACCAGAUUCAUGCAUAGAACUACUUGAUGCAUAAAAACAUAUCAGACAUACCGGCGGAUGCUAGACGUAAAAAGAAGGGUGGAGACGUAUAAAAGGGGAGAGUCGAAAUCUGAAAACUAUUGAAAAGAGUGUAAAUCGUCUGUAAAACGACUGUAAAAGGCUGUACACAAAGGUCUAUGUAUGAUGAAGCCACACAAAAUAAUCUGUAAUUUACACACGUCAUGUUUCUUUCUACCAAAGUAGAGUCAGUGAUGGUAUUUUUUAAAAAAAAGCACCAGUUGUGGUUUUAAUAUUUUCAUAAUUGUGCACAUAUGAAUAACCCUGAAUUAUAAUGUAGCCUUUGUAUAGUCCCGUACGGUCCUACUAUGCAUGAUCUGAAGCUGUGGAAUGGGGAGGGGAGUCGGUAUGCAUUUAUGGUCCUUUGCAAAUUGCUUAAAUAAACCUACUUACAGCGUGA